AGACGAAGCAUGGCGCUAAAUCAGAUCAAUUGGUCUGCGACGUGAAUUGUAUGAACUCUGCAGAUUCAUGUGGAACAGGUGGUCGAGUCGUUGAUCCAGUAUCGAUAGCUGACGAUUACUCAUCCAUUUUACAGAAUCACGACAGUGAAUUUGUUGGUUUCCAUUUCUCUUACGCGCCAUUUGGAUGUCUUUAUUGUUUUUUGAUUCUUUUUAAUUCACCGAAUUGGAGGUUGAACGUAGCUUUUGAGGGUUUAAUGGUUAUUUGAUUCAAUUUAGGUCUCAUUUUAAAAUUUUAUUCAGCUUCUUGAUUUCCCAGUAUUGUUUUAUUCUGUUUGAGAUAUAGUUUUCGUUGAGGUUAAGGCGAUUGAGUUAUAAGAUAUCGACAUGUCUGAGAAUCAUGAUCCAGAGACGGCACUACAGAGUUCAGGAAAUGGAGCUGUAGGGGUGGAAACUGUGCUUAAUGUUAAUGUUAAUGUUGGGGAGUUAUCUUCUGAGACUGCCGCGGACGCUACUUCGGAGAAUGACUCCGUUUUGCAGUCCUCUGAAGUGUCCAGUGGAUUUUCGCCUUCUGUGCCGAACCAGGGAUCAACAUUGUCGCCAGUGGCUCCUCUUACUGAAGGUGCAGAGAACUCGGGACAAGAUGACCCUGAUGGUACUGUAGUAGUCGAAGAUGCUGCAAAAGACGAUAUGUUUGUGGACUGCCCGGACGAGUUAGCUGGCAAUGCUGAUGGCAAAGAAGCAGUAGCAGCUACUGAAACUCAAGGUAGUUUGAUGGAGGAAACGCCUUGUGAUAUGCAACAGGAAAUACAAUAUGAGAUAGAAAAGGUUUCUCUGAUGGACGAGGUGGAAAACACGAGGGCCACUCUGAAUGGGACCAUUUUCGAGAAAGAAAAUGUCGUACACGAUUUUGAGAAAGAAAGAGAAGCUUUUGUGCAAGAACUUCUUAUCAUUUGUGGCCAACUCAAGACUGCUACUAAUCGACAGUCAUUGGUCAAAGUUACUGGCAAUCAGUUGAAUGAGAGUCUUGAUUUGCAUGGAAUUGAGCACAUGGAAGAGAACACUCUGAUUUCUAAUACCACAUUGAAAGACUUGGUAAAUGAAUGCUCACAAUUGGUUAGUAGGACUUUAGAUGAACGAUUGCAGUAUGAGGCUACUAUAGGAGAACUCCGUCAUAACCAUUUAGUGAAGGAUCAAGAGAUUGAGUAUCUUAAUGCAAAAGUUGUUGAAUAUAUGGUGUCUGAUGAAGUUGUUCGCUCUUACACGAACUCAAUUGAAGAUUCUGUGAAAGUUUCGUCUGAAAAGGAGAGGGAAAUGGAAGCCACAUUAGAUAGAGUGUUAACGUCUCUCAACUCGAUAUUGAAUCAGCAACAUCUUCUUGACGAUUCUUUAUCAGAAAAAACACUUCAUGUUGAAAGAAAUACUUCUCUGUUAAUUGAUAAUUAUAACAAAAUCCUUCUGAAAAUUAAUCAACUCCAAUCAUGUUUAACCGGGGCAGAGUCAGACAUAAUCUCCACUGAAGCUGGAGCAGUUUUGGCCACUGCCCAUACUGAGUUAAUUGAGCUCAAAGCUAAAGAGGUCAGCAAUGCUGAAAAAAUGUAUCAUCUGGAAGAUGAAAAUAGAAGAUUGGCAGAUGAGAUAGACAAUUACAGAUUGACAGUUGAGACUGUUAAUGGUGAACUUGAAAAGGCAAAAAGUGAGCUGGAGCAAGAAAGGAUAAGGUGUGUUAAUACCAAAGAGAAGUUAACAAUGGCUGUGACAAAAGGCAAGGCAUUAGUACAGCAACGUGAUGCAUUGAAACAGUCUCUAGCUGAAAAAAGUCGGGAGCUUGAAAAGUAUUCUGUCGAACUACAAGAGAAAUCAAAUGCUUUGGAGACUGCUGAACUAAUUAAGGUUGACUUGGCUAAAAGUGAAACUUUAGUUGCAUCACUUCAGGAAAAUCUGUUGCAAAGGAAUAUGGUCCUCGAAAGUUUUGAGGAUGUUAUAUCUCAAAUUGAAGUUCCUCGGGAACUUAAAUCAAUGGACAGUAUGCAAAGACUCAAGUGUCUUGUGGAUGAGAAGAAAGUUCUGGAGGCUAUUUUAUUGGAGUUUCAGAAGUUAAAAGAUACUGUAAACUUAUCUGAUUGGCCGGAUUUGAUUGCACCUUAUGACCUGAAAUCUUCUGUCUGUUGGCUUAAGGAAUCAUUUUUUCAGGCUAAAGAUGAAAUAAUGGUCUUGCAAGAUGAACUUGCUAAAACUAAAGAUGCAGCACAAGGAGAGAUUGAUCGCAUAAGUGCUUUACUUUUAAUUAAAUUACAGGAAACGGACUAUCUCCAGGAGCAGUUGGAUGACCUUUUAAGCAAAUAUGAAGAAGUCAAGAUAAAAAUGCAUCAGACAUCGUUGGAGAAGGCUCAACUCAUAAACAUGUUACAAGAAGAAUCUGGAGUGACAACAGAUGAUGGAGGGGUCAGUGAAACUUCGUUGGACUUGAACUUGCUUGUUUACAGAUGCUUUCAGAGGAUAAAAGAGAAGGCUUUUGCAUCUGCUGAAAUCUCAGGUGAAUACGUGGAAUCUUUUGAAAAGGUUCAAGCUCUUUUAUAUGUCAGUCGUCAGGAUUUGACGCUCUAUGAUAUAAUUCUAGAAGAGGAGUCUUCUAAUUUGAGUAAUUGCUCGAGUAGGUUAAGAUCAGUAUCUCAAGAACUUGGAGAAGCGAAAGAGGAAAAUGACUCUUUGCAGGGGGAUUUUCAAAGAUUAGAGGAGAAAUAUGCCUUGCUAAGGGAAAAGUUGUCCUUGGCUGUUAAGAAAGGCAAAGGACUGGUUCAGGAUAGGGAAAAUAUGAAAAGUGUCUUGGAUGACAAGAACAUAGAAAUAGAGAAGUUGAAACCACAAUUAGAUAGUCUAGAGUCGACAGUUGCUAAUUGCAGAAAUCAAAUCAAUUUGUUGUCUAUUGAUGCACAACGCAUUCCGGAGUUGGAGUCUGAACUUGGCAUCUUGGAGGACAAAUGUAAUCAAUACGGGCAGUUCUUGUUGGAGAGCAAUGAUAUGUUACAGAAAGUAAAUGAAUCAAUUGAUGGAAUUGUUCUUCCCAUUAAUAUGGUUUUUGAAGAGCCUAUAGCUAAGGUGAAGUGGAUUGCAGAUUACAUUAGGGAAUCUCAUGAUGCUAAGAUACGUACGGAACAAGAAUUGGAGAAUGUUAAAGAGGAGUCGAGUACUAUGGAAAUUAAAUUAGGAGAUGCUUUAGCUGCUAUGAAAUCAUUGGAAAAUGCACUAUCAUCUGCUGAGAACAACAUUUUUCAGCUUUCUGAGGAGAAAAGGGAAAUAGAAUCUAGUAAGAUACAUAUUGAACAGGAAUUAGAGAAAACAUUAAAUGAAGCCUAUGCACAGUCCAGCAAGUCUGCGGAAGCUUCAUUGUCUCUGAAGCUACUUCAAGAGUCGUUAUCACUGGCAGAAAAUAAAAUAUCUGUGCUUGUCAGAGAGAAAGAAGAAGCUGAAGUUUGUAAACUCAAUGCAGAGAUAGAGUCUAAAAAAGUAAAGGAGGAAGUGGCUGUCCAGACAGAUAAAUUGGCAGAGGCCCAAGGAAUUAUAAACACAUUAGAAAAGAUUUUAACUGAGCUUGAGACCAAUGUUGCUUUGCUAACGGAACAGAAUGCUGAAGCACAAAGUGCUAUAGAGAAGCUAGAGACAGAACAAAAGGUAUUGCAAGAGGAAGUCAGUUCUCAAGCGAGAGAAGUUGUUGAGGCGACAGAAACAAGAAAAUCUUUGGAAGAUUCAUUAUUUAAGGCAGAAAGUAAAAUUUCUAUAAUUCAAGGUGAGAGGAGAAAUUCUGAAAAUGAGAUAUUUUCUCUAAAUUCCAAAUUAAAUGCAUGCAUGGAAGAGUUGGUUGGGACGAAUGGCAGCUUACAGAGCAGAUCUGCAGAGUUUGCGGGCUACCUCAAUGAUCUUCAUAAGUUUAUUGCAGAUGAGACAUUGUUGACCGUGGUGACAGGAUGCUUUGAGAAGAAACUUAAGAGUCUAAGAGAGAUGGAUAUCAUUUUGAAGAACACCAAGGCUUGUCUAGUUAACAGUGGCAUAAUAGAUUCUCAUGAUCACCAUGCUGUUAAGGAUCCGAAUGCUAAGGAAUCCCUUUCUCAUGGAAAGCUCCUUGAUUUUGCUGUUGAAAAUGAAAGUGAUAAGGUGGUUGUUGAAGAUGAUGUUGGUAAUAUUUCAUCAUCUUUUAGAAAGAUUAUGGAAGAAAUCUGGUUAAAGAACAAGAAGUUCACAGAUUAUUUUGAAGGUAUCUCCUCUUCAAUGGAUGGGUUUAUUGCUGAUCUGUUAAAACAAGUGGAAGCAACAAGAGAGGAAGUAGCUUUUGUGUGUGGACACGUUGAAUCCUUGAAAGAGAUGGUGAAGAAUCUCGAAAUGCAUAAACAGGAACAAGAACAUACCAAAGUGAUGCUAGAAGAUGAUGUUUCCCUUCUAUUGUCUGCCUGUAUUGACACAACAAAAGAGCUUCAGUUUGAAAUGACCAACCAUCUACUUCUACUCAGCUCUAUUCCCGAACUUGACAACUUGAAGGAUACCAUAUCCAUGGAAAGUAGUGAGACUAGUGGAGCAUCACCUGCAGAGUGUCGAGCAAAAUCAUCUAGUAGCAAAUCAGCUUCCGCUGCAGAACAAUUAUUAUCUGCUAGCAGAAAAGUUAAAUCUAUAGUUAAACAGUUUGAGAGCACCAGCAAGUUUGCAGCUUGUAGAAUUCAAGAUAUGCAGCAUAUAUUGGAAAUAACUGAGGCAACUACUGAGAAAAUUAGAAAGGAAAAGGACUUGAACCAAAAUAUGGUAGUUAAGUUGGAGACUGAUUUACAACUAUCGCAGAGUUCCUAUGUUGAACUUAGUCGUCAACUGGAGACUUGUCAAGCAAAUAAAGAAAAGUUAAAAGAAAGGGAGGCUGAAGUUUCAUCAUUGUAUAAUAGUUUGUUGGUGAAAGAACAAGAGGCAGAAGGCUGCGUUUUGUCAACAAUGCAAAUGGAAGCUCUCUUUAAGAAGGUUAGAGGGAUUGAGAUCUCUUUGCCAGAGUCAGAAUACCUAGAUGUGGAACAAUAUGAUUCAACUGAUGUAAAGAAGCUCUUUUACCUUGCUGAUUAUGUUUCUGAGUUACAGAAUCAGUUCAACUUACUAUCUCAUGACAAGCAAAAGCUGCAGUCUACAGUGUCCACACAAAUAAUUGCAAUUGAACAGCUGAAAGAGGAGGUUGAUAGAGCAUCGAGGUAUCAACUUGAUUCAGAGGAGAUGAAGAAAGAUCUCUCAGAGCUUUCAUAUUCUUUAGAACAAAUUAUUAGUUUGUUGGAUAGUAACUACAGUGGAGAUUCAAAGUCAGAAGGCUUGAAGGGACUAGUAAGAAUAUUAGAAAGGCAGAUCCUGGAUAUGCUCUCCGAAUCUGAAAAUUCAAAAAUCAAAUUUGAGGAAUUGAGUGGGAAGUUAAUAGGGAGCCAAAACGUCGUGGAUGAACUAACUACUAAGAAUAAGCUACUUGAAGAGUCACUUCAAGGACGGACAUCUCAACCAGAGAUAAUCAAAGAAAGGAGCGUCUUUGAAGCACCUUCUUUUCCUUCUGGAUCAGAGAUAUCAGAGAUUGAAGAUGCAGAACCAGCUGGGAAAAGUGCAAUACCACCUGUUCCAUCAGCCUCAGCUGCCCAUGCUCGAACUUUGCGGAAAGGUUCAACUGAUCAUCUUGCGAUUGACGUAGAAACAGAAUCUGUUCAUUUAAUAGGAAAUGGCAUGGAAAUUGAUGAAGACAAAGGUCAUGUGUUCAAAUCACUCAAUGCAUCAGGUCUCAUCCCAAGGCAUGGAAAACUUAUUGCCGAUCGAAUUGAUGGAAUUUGGAUUUCUGGCGGUCGAAUUUUAAUGAGUCGUCCAGGCGCAAGGCUAGGCCUCAUAACCUAUUGGUUCGUGUUACACAUAUGGUUACUCGGAACCAUUUUGUGACCAAAUAUAUGACCAUCCACCACCACCAAGGGAUUUCCUUCAUGUGUUGGUAUUUGUAUCAUGCUCAGAAGGGUAAUUCUCUGUCCAAAUUUGGUGAGUGGGAUGAAAAACAUCCUGCUCCAGCUGAAGGGAUCACAGUGAUCUUCAACAGGGCACGAGUUAAUAGUAAGAAAGAAGGAGGAACUCCAACAAAUAUGAAGCUGCCAAGAAGAAAGCAGAAAGGAUGGCAUUGGCAUUGGCAUUGCUGCUUUUGGUAGCCUUUUUUGUAACUCUGAAUGAACAAAAUUCUGCUGUUUGUGGUGGCUUUUUGAGUGCAGAGAUUGAUUGAUGCUGUAGAUGUAGCUUCUUGUGUAUAUGUUUUGGAAAAAUUUUGAUGGCUUUUCCUACUGUUCAUUACGACAAGCUUCUUGGAUUGCCUCCUCCUGUACUUAAAACAUUGUUUAUGGAAUGAAAGUGUUGAGUUGGUAGUU